AGAGAGCCGCUCCGCCCGGAUGAGAGGGCAGGGGACCGGGGUACAGGACCGCACCGGACCCGUGGAACUCUCCCGACGCCGUUUGACGUGUUUGGCAUCGCCGCUGACCGCGAUCUGACGCUGUUUCCGACACGUUUGCGCGCAGUUUACGAGCGGAAAGACGCGCUUCUGGUGCUUCUGCUGCAGCUGCGGGUUCGAGGUAACGGUGCGCGGAGCCGGACGCGUACGCACGGAGCGGAGCGGAGUUUAAAGACUGGAAUUUGGAGUGGAAGUGCACCAGCGCCGCGGCCCAGAGCAGCAGACAGAGGAGCAGUGAAGAGCCGUGUGAGGGGCAGAGGAGAAGCUCCUGUGUUCCUCGGCAGUGGAGGAGUUUGGAGGAGACCAGGUCUGAAGAAAAACAGGACCAGACCUGAGCCCGGACCUGAGCCCGGACCUGAGCAGGGGAGAGGUCUGAGCCAGACCAGAUCUGUGCGGAGGAGAGGAGGGGUCUGUAGAGCCUGGAGCGGGGAGAGGACUGCUCAGACAAGUACAGCCGACUUGUGCGGAGUCGUUUUCCAUCAUCAAUCGCGGCUGAGGGAGGAGGCGGAGCCAUGGGCAAACAGAACAGUAAGCUCCGCCCCGAGGUGCUGAACGACCUGAGGGAGAACACGGAGUUCAGCGACCACGAGCUGCAGGAGUGGUACCGCGGCUUCCUGAAGGACUGCCCCACGGGACACCUGACCGUGGACGAGUUCAAGAAGAUCUACGCCAACUUCUUCCCCUACGGAGACGCCUCCAAGUUCGCCGAGCACGUGUUCCGCACCUUCGACACCAACGGAGACGCCACCAUCGACUUCAGAGAGUUUAUUAUCGCCCUGAGCGUCACCUCGCGAGGAGGACUGGAGCAGAAGCUGCGCUGGGCCUUCAGUAUGUACGACCUGGACGGAAACGGCUACAUCAGCAGGGCCGAGAUGCUGGAGAUCGUACAGGCCAUUUAUAAGAUGGUGUCGUCAGUGAUGAAGAUGCCCGAAGACGAGUGCACCGUGUAA